UGGAGCCACGACCAUAACUCCUGUGGAUGGAUUUACACCUCCUCCACCUCGCACACCUCUGGAUUAAAUUCAUAGCACGGGGACAUUUUAAAUCUGGAGCCAAUCAAUAGAGACCAUCAAGAAGCAGAGGAGAAGAGUCGCGAGGUAGGGGAGGGGGAGUGUCACACCUCCUCCUCCUCCUCGAACAUCUUUCCGUGCGUGGAGUAGGAGCUGCAAAAGUGCACCAACCCGAGAGGAAGAAGGGAUGAGGGGUACAGAGGUGGGGGGGAGAUACAAACCGGAGCCACCUCCAAAAAAAAGGCGCUCAUUCAUUCAUCUCAGCCUGCCCGAGGACAGCAUUGCCAAGCGCGUUCACACUCCAGCGGCUCAGCUCGGUCCAAAACAUCCCACACCCCUCCUUCUUUCUUUCGCACAUGUGAGCGUAUAGUUCUCAUCCGUACUCUCCAAGUGCACACUUGCGAGUGAGUAGCGGGGGAAAGGAGAGGGGCGCGAGGAGCGAGCCCAUCCUCACCUGCGCAGACUUUUGACGCACUCCGGGACACCACCGCAGGGAGGCGACGCGAGACGGCCGUGCAUGGGCCCCAAGCCCCGCGAGUCCCCCGGGAUGGCGUGCGGCGCCUGUUACUACCUGGUGAUCAGCUCCACGCAUCUCAGCAACGGACACUUUCGGCGCGUUAAGGGGGUCUUCAGGGGGCCGCUGUGCACCACAGCAGCGUGUGAGUCACCGGAGCGUGCCGAGCGAGCGUUGGGCUGCUCAGUGGAGGAUCUGAAGUCUCUUUUCUACUGCGAGCUAUGUGACAAGCAGUAUCUGCGCCACCAGGAAUUUGACAACCACAUCAACUCCUACGACCACGCACACAAACAGCGGCUGAAGGAACUCAAGCAGAGGGAGUUUGCUCGCAACGUGGCCUCGAAGUCAUGGAAGGACCAGCGCAAGCAGGAGAAAGCUCUCAGACGCCUGCACCAGCGAGCACAGCUGCAGCAGGAACGCCAGCGGAGCCAAGGAAGGACUUACGAGCUACGGAGCACUGUCAGACUUGUGAGCCAGCAGCAAGACCGAGACACGGAGAACAAAGCCUGCAGCCCUGUGGACAAAUUUGAACCCUUAAAAAACACACAUAGGCCCCCAGCCAAACACGCCAGUACAUUUCCACUGAGCAACCAGCGAGAAAAUCCAUGCCGGCCUCCCUCCCAAACACUGCUGGCCGCUCCAGCCGAGUCCCCGCUAAUCACUCAUCCAGAGGGCAAUAAAGGUCCUGCUGCAGUCAAUCAGCGGCCUCAUGCGGGCUGCCAGAUGCCUCUGGAGGGGCGGGGGCGAGCUGGGGGCAGACGUGGGGUGUCCUUCUGUUUCUCGCGCAGGGGGCCGAGGCUGGAGCCCUGCGCCUCAGUUUUCUCCGACCAGGAGGAGGAGGAGAGAAAGAGGCGGGAGCAAAUGAGAGAGCGGAUUAAGGGCAUUUUGGAAGACAUAGAAAGGGAAAUUGAGGGUGUUGGUCAAAGCAAUACAGGAGGAAAUUGCACAGAGGAUGCGGAAAUAAGGGAGGACAUAAAACAUAAUCAGAGCAGUGAUUUAACACGCUCGGCAUCACAUGCGGCUAGCGGGAUGGACAUAAAGCAGCCAUCAGGAGCAGGGGUCGGCGCGCACAUGUCCGUUUUGGGUAAAGAUGGCUCCACCUGUGUUCGAUGGCCUGUCAGUUUGCUGAGGUUCACUGAGUGUGAGCCUUGCAUCUCUUAUAGCUGCAACCCCAACUCCACAAAGCAACCCAAAACAGUUGAACAACACGACGCACAGGAUCAGCUAUGUGAUCUCCUGGAUGAAUCGAAUCCAUGCCAGUCAGCUAUUCUUACACAAGACACUCAUUACUGUUUACGAAAAGAGGCGAGUCUCGUGCAUGAGCCGCAAAAAGAUGAGGAGAAUGUCAAGGCAGACGCACACCUGUUUGUCGAGAACAAAAACCUUUCAUCGUCAGGGGAAGGAUCAGAAGGGGCGUCUCGCAUGCUAAGUAUAGAGCAACGUGUGAGGGCGCACUCCUUUCCAUUUGACCCCGCUCAUAGUGACAGCUCUGACACAAACCCCCCGACUCCUCAGAGAGGCAGAUUAGCAGGCACCGGGGGGAUCGGGGAAAGAGCCAUCUCAGCCCUAAACUGUGAAUUAGAAUCUGUCACUAAGCUUGGCACACGCAGGAUAUGCAUCGGCCCGCCCAGGUGUGAGAGCGAGAGCGAAACCGUGUGCGAGCGUGCCAGCGAUCCUCGUCCGCGAAGAGGUAUAUCACGCAGAAAGAGUAAACAGAGCAAAACGAAGCCCAAGUUGGGAAUGAGAAAGAAGGGUGAAAAGCGAAAGGCCGCAAAUAGGCGGCAAUCGGUGAGGUGUAAAUUGAGGAGUGUCGUCUCUGCAGUCUCCAAUGUGAGCGCCAGGGGAGAAGAAACCGGAGGGAGUUGGGGAGAGAAAAGGGGACAACGGGAGACGGAGGCAAGAGGGAGGGUGUGGAAAGCUGAGGCCGAGCCAGUUUACGUCUCUGUCAGGAAGAGGACGCCUCGCAGGAGCCGCCACUCGGCAUCCCAGGUCCUGCUAGGCGGAGAGCGGGGGGAACGCGGCAGCGCCUUCUCACAGUUUGCCAGACGCACGCCUGACGCAGAAAGGGAGACGUUUCCCCGGAGAUCUCGCUGCUCCUUACGCGCUUUCUCGCCAGGAUGUAACACAAAGCUGUUUUGGGAAUCGGGUCACCAUAGCAACCCCAGGAGUUUCAUUGACUGCAGUUACCCUGACAACAGCUGUGGUGACAGCCCGGCAAGAAAGCGAAAACUCCUCCACGGGGACAGAAGAUUCAUUCACGGUAACAGAAGUAGUUUGAGACGCCACGAGGAGACAGAGAGAGGGAGGGUAAGAGGGACGCAGAUAACUUCCAAAGACAGAGGUUUACUGUCAGAACAAUGGGAGUGGACUGGGGAGAAUGGAAGGCUGAAUUCGGGAUGGAGAUGGCAAAACAAGACUAUAGGGUGGGAAUGGGGGACUAGGUCCAGCCCAAGUCCAAGCAGCAGGGAGAUGACAAGCAGGCGAACAAACAAGGAAGAUGUGGAUUGGGACAAGUGGACAUUGGGAAGCAGCGACAGCUGGGAAGAAAGGGAGACAGGCAGGUCCACUUCAGACUGUAGAACUGGUCCUGACGGCAGGUGGAGCCCCAGCUGGGGGAGGGGGUCUGCGGGGACAGGACGCUCAAACUUUAGGUAUGAGGCUAGCCCUGAAUGGUGGACGAGCAGGCGGACGUGCAGCCCGCCGAGGGCGUGGAACCCGUACGUGUCCAGCAGAAGUUACAGCCCACGCUCCUGCAGCCCGAGCAGCAGCAGCGUUUCUGAGCUCAGCUGGGAGUGGAGCAAGAGCAGCACCUGCUCAGGUACGACCUGCAGGCGGCUCCCAUCCGAGGCGAAGACGCAAAGUGACCUUACCGUCAAUGCUGGAGAAUCUUCAUCAGACCCCAACGCACAUCACAGUGAGAGCAACACUUUUCAGCCUGAAGGGACCAAGUCACAGUUUGACAAUGACCAUGGACCUCCCGCCUUUAAGACCACAGACACAAUCAUCCCAUGCCACAGUGAUACCGUAGCACAAAAACCAGCUCGGACUUCGCUACUCCCGCUCAUUGGGAAGCUCCCUGCAAUCCAGAAAAAGGCGAGAAGGAGAAAAGAACAGUUGGAGAGGAUUCAGAAGGAGCUUGGCGAUGAGGAGGCAAGUCAGAAAUUGAUCGGUGGACAUCCUUUGGGCUUGGCUGAGUCAAAUCAAAGCGGCACGCCAAAUCUGUGUCCAACUGAGAUUAGGACUGACAAUCAGGAGACAGGUAGAGGAGCAGCUCAGCCAAUCAGCUUUAGCGCCGAGGAGAUGGACAAGUAUCGACUCCUGCAGGAACAGGCCAGAGAGCACAUGCAGAAAGUUCUGGAACAGAGUGAAGAGAGUACAGAUCCGCCCAUGGAGAUAAACUUCACUUGCAGCACGCAGAUAGAUGAGUGCGAGACUUUAGAGGACAGGUACAUGCCUGCACCCUCACUCAAGCCUCCACAGAAUCCUCACGCAAUACAAACAGGUCACAACCACCAAGAAAGACUUCUACACAUGAACCCGCAAGAGGAUUUUACACAGCCGGUGGGUUUGGGUGUCCCCAACCUCCCUCCCCUUGCACUGACCCCCCCUUUGGCCAGCCUCCAUCAUUUCAUUUUACAGCACUCGGCCUUCUCCGCAGUUCAAUCCCCCGCCUCGCGCCACUCUACCGAUGUCCACCCAGCUCAGCUAGCUCACUCUCUCCCCCACCGCCGGCCAAGCUUACCCGAUUACCUUCACCCUUCUCCUGUCCCUCUCUCAUCCCUCUUUCCCUCCAUCCUCCUCGCUCACCACACCGUCCCGUUCCUCCUUCCUCCACCUCUUCCCCCAGUGUCCGCCUUCCAAACAAACCUUCUCACGCCUCUUUCCGCGCUAGCCCUGCAGCCUCCCAACAAUCUGCGGCCUUUCAUGGACAGGGUAUGGCCGGCGAGGUUCCAACAAAAGGCCUUGUGACAGUCGCAGAGCUGCUGUCAUGUUUAUUAAUUGUCCAUCAGAAAAGAGAUCAGGCUAUUGGAAAUGGGGUUGUACCUGUAAUCGAAUUAAUUCAAGCUUCUCUCCACACACACAGUGAGUCCCCCAUUGACCGUUUUUCAAUUGAAAAUGUGUUUCUCCAUUAAUCCCCCGCCGCGUGGCAGCCGACAGUGAGACAACUGACUUUGAUCAUUUACUUUCUCGAUCAGUUGAGCUUACAAUAAAGAGAAAGGUGCACCUGCUAUUCAAAGACAAGCUGGGCUUGUGUCAUGUGUCCUCUUUGGUGGUGGCCAGCUACCUUUUGAAGUGCAGCCUUCAUGCCCCUGACAAAGAGGAGGGAGAGAAUAACAUUGCUCCAUUUCACAGUGGUUGUAGUGGUAAAAGUAUGAUGUUCAACAAUCAGAAAUGAAGUUGUGGCACAAGCACUACUCUAACUUGUUCACGUGAGAAUUUAGUAGGAUUCUUUUGUUUAAUCUCAAUUAAUGAGGGUAUUGAAAAUGCAGUGCCCUAACCCUAAUCUAUUUACCUAUCUAUAUUUAAACAAUCAUAAAAUGUAUUAUAAUAGGUGCAUUCAAAACUGUAAAGCAAAUCAAACCAAGUUAUGAAUGCGGUAAAUACUUAAACUUUAAGACACUAACCUACUAAAUUCUCGUAAGAACAUAUUGCACGAUAGGCCUACUGUAUAUGAGCAGCUGGAUUUCAACAGAUGUCACCUCUAAAAAUUUGUUUUGUGUCUUUUUUUUUUUUGUAUUUUGUAAAUAUUCGAACAGACCUUGUGUUUGAGUCAUGGCAAGCAAGUGGAUAAAAGCCCAUUCAUAAUUCACUUCAAACACAGUAUGGCCCGGGUGACGAGCCAUACGUCACAUUUCCCUUCCCACAUGUGUUUAUGAAAGACAUUUGCUAAAUUAAAAAGCAUCUCCGAAAAAUAACAA